UGUUAUCAAUACUCUCUGUUAUCAAUAUUGAAUUCGAACACAAAAAUGAUUAUGACAGUAAGUAAAAAGUCUUGUAACGAUUCACCAGUUAAAGAAAAAAAACACUUUUUGUUGUUUCGUUUCGUUUCUGCUUAAAACCUUUUACUGUACUUGGUGGUCGUCAUCUUCGUCUUGUCUCCUCUUUGGUCGUCUUCUCAUUUUUAUUAUUUUCACAAACAGUGAAGACAAAAAGAGCGGUUUCGAUUUUCUUCUUCAGAUCUGAUUAGGGAGGGAGAGAGAGUGUGAGUGAUUGAGCUCACGACGGAGAAAAUGAGCGGCAACAAGAUCAUCGUCGGCGAUAAUGGUGGUAGGAGCAGUGUCGGAGUCAGGAAAAGCUCAAACGGGAUUUCUGAUAUCCCGUCUGUGUCGAAGAAGAUGGUUCAAAGUUUGAAAGCAAUUGUAAACUGCCCUGAGGCUGAGAUCUAUGCCGUCCUCAAGGACUGUAACAUGGACCCUAAUGAAGCCGUCACUCGCCUCCUCUCCCAAGAUCCUUUUCACGAGGUGAAGAGCAAAAAAGAGAAGAAGAAAGAGAUUAGGGAUAUACCGGAUUCCCGGUCACGAGGCUAUAAUAACACUUACAACCGUGGUAGUAGAGGUGGUUCUGAUCGUUAUACUGGACGGAGUGGAGCUACCCCUUUCAGCUCUAGAGAGUCAGGAAGCGUCCAAGUAAAAACUACAAACAAGAGGGAGAGCGGGAUACAGUCUAAUGCAGGUUCUUAUUCUUCUACAUCUGGUAUAUCGAGCCACCAUCAGAUACCACACAGUGAUUCUGUUGCUAAAGACAGUAAAACGCCAAUGGGCACCUCGGGGGGUGAAUUAUCAUCAUCACAUUCUGUUACUGGACAUCAAACAGGAUGGUUUGGAGCUUCAGGUCAGAUGUCUAUGGCUGACAUUGUGAAGAUGGGUAGACCUCAUAACCAGACAACAAACUCUCAGAAAAAUGUCGAUAUGCGUUCUGAGGUAAUUCAGGAGCAUGGAAUUGCUGCAAAUCAGCAUGUACCUGUGAAAGAUGAAUGGCCCUCAAUGGAGAAGCCAGUGGCUGCUAGCACUUCUUCUGUAUCAGUGGCACCAACUGAAGAAAUAUGCAAUGGUGCAGUAGAUUUACAAUCCAGUAGAAGAGAUCAACAUCCGAAGGGCCAGUUGGAAGACACACAUUUAGCAGAAAAUUGUCUCUUUGGGAAUCUUGGAAGAGAUCAUGUGCAAGCUGACACUUUAGCUGGUGGAGCUGAGGAAGAUGACUCUGUAGUUUCAUCUGAGUAUGAUGAUAAUCCGCACAGAUACCAAACGCAGAACAACCCUGUUGAGCACCAGAAAGAUGAAGACGAAAUUUCGCCUGUUGUUGCCAACCUUCAAGACUUGAGCAUAGAGAACCAUGAUCAAUACUCUUCUCAUGAUGAGGAUAGACCUGCUGUCCUGAUUCCUGAUCAUCUGCUACUCCAUACAGAAGAGUGCUCACAGUUAAGCUUUGGAAGUUUCGGAGGCUUUGGAUCAAGGCCUCUGAGCAACAGCUUAGAAGAGGCUUCUAAUGUAGCUCCACAGAUUGAACGUGAUGAUGCUAGAAAUACCGAGUUCUAUGGAGAUGAACAUCUAGGAACCAUGUCCAAUGGACAUAUGGUCCAUGCGUCUUCUGCCAACAAUUAUGAUGUUUCCUCAGAAUCUAAGCAAGAGGUUUUGUUGCCAGAAAACCCUGAAACUGCUCACCAGGAGAACCAGCACUCAUUUGCUCAGCCGGGUCCUGAGUAUGCAUAUGAAAAUGUGAAGCAGCAGCAGCCUAAUACUGCAUUUGAUGCUUCACAGACAAGCAUGACUAAUCAGAUGCAUAAUCUUGCUUCAUUAACAAAUGUGAUGAGUCCAAGGGAGCUUGAACAUCAGUAUAGCCCUUUCCCAGGCGUACAGUCUAUGCCGUCAAGAAGCAACGAUACCUCACUAGGUGGCCAAAGCAUUUCCAUGCCAGAGGCACUCAGAGGUGGUGGUGGUGUUCCAACAGCACAAUCAAGCCAUCAGAACUUUUCUGUUGCCAAUAUUGUUACUGGACCAGCUCUUCCUCAGCAAAUCGCAAUGAAUCCAUAUUCUCAACCCACAUUGCCUCUGACUCACUAUGCCAACAUGAUCGGUUAUCCUAUGAUACCUCAGAGCUACCCAUACAUCCCAUCGGCUUUUCAGCAAGCAUAUGCUGGUAACAACUCAUACCACCAGUCACUAGCUGCUUUGCUUCCACAGUAUAAAAACAACACUUCCGCCAGUAAUUUGCCUCAGUCAACAACUACUACCCCUGCUUCCUCCUCUGCCUAUGUGUUUGGGAACUCAAGCAAUGUUGAAACUGGAAACUUCCUUCUUAACCAACAACAACAGGCCGCUCCUUCUGGGGCGACACUUAGUUAUGAAGACGUCCUGAGUCUACAGUACAAACAGAACAACUAUCUAUUGUCACUUCAGCAGCAGCAACAACAGCAGCUACAACAACAACAACAACAGCAGCAACAACAGCAACAACAACAGCAGCAGCAGCAGCAGCAUCAACAACAGAACGAAAAUUUACCUAUGUGGCUUCAUGGACCUGGCUCUCAAACCAUGUCGGGCGUCACCGGCAACACGUACUACAACCUUCAAGCACAACAACAAAGUCAGCAGGUUCGCCAAGCUCAGCAACAGGAGCAGCAGCAGUAUGGAUCGCUUGGUUACCCGAACUACUAUCAGUCACAAACCGGAAUAUCAAUGGACCACUAACAGCAAAACCCUAGAGACGGUGGCUCGCAAGGUCAGCCCUCAAAGCAAACCCAGCAGCAGCAACAGCACUGGCAGAACUCUUACUAGGGUGGUUUUGGUUUUCUCAGGCUCAUAGUUUGGUUACUGGUCAUGUAGCCAUAGCUAUAAAAUCUGAUAACCAGUUAAAUAGGUGUGAUAACCAGUUAAAAUCUGAUAACCAGUUAAACCAGCAGAAAAAGGAUGGAUCUACACCUGGUCACUGACUCACUGUGAGUUUAUUCACCUUUUGUUACUUGGGGAAUUUGGACAGUGAGACAAAAGAAAAAAAGCAAUAGUUCAUGUGUGUCUUAAAGCUUUGCCAUGUAUAGUAGUUUUCAACUAUUUUUUUUUGUGAUUUAGAUUCUAAUGGGGUUAGGGUACAAAAUAUGACUAAAGAAAGGUGUGACCUGUAAUCUCUUUAAUGACAAUGUCUUGGACAAAAAAAUUUGUUUUUGUACCAAAGUGAAGGUGACUCAAUACA